AUGAACGAGCCCAUCCAGCUCCCGGGCUCAGGUUCAGGCUCAACGGGAACGAUGCCCCGCCUCGGUCUCGGCGUCUACCAGCUCAGGGGGGAAGAAUGCUUCGCGGCCUGUCUGGCGGGGUUAGAGGCCGGGUACCGGCACAUUGAUACCGCGCGGCUGUAUGGGAAUGAAGAGGAGGUUGGGAGGGCCGUUGGGGUGUUUUUGAGACGGCGGGAGGAAGUGUUAUCAGAUGGGUGCGAUGAUGGGCUUGGUGUUUCUGCCGCUGGGAGAAGAGGGAGGGUCAAGAGGGAGGAUUUAUUUUUGACAACUAAGGUUGGACGGUGGGAGGGCGACGGGGAGAAGAUGUAUGAGAGUGUACUGGGGAGUGUAAUGAGAAUUGCUGGGGAGGAGGAUGGUGGAGGGUACGUUGACUUGAUUCUCGUACAUCGUCCCGUUGCGCGGUGGAGGGAUAUCUGGAGCGUGUUGGGGAGGUUUGUGAGGGAGGGUAGGGCGAGGGUGCUCGGGGUUAGUAAUUUUGGGAUUGGGGCGCUGGAGGAGAUGAAGAAGGGUUGCGAGGGGGUGUUGCCGUGUGUGAAUCAGAUUGAGCGAGAACUAGUCGCCUACUGCCAACAAAACGGCAUCGUGGUACAAGCGUACAGCCCUCUCGCGCGCGGGCAGCGGUGGGCGGAUCCGGUGUUGAGAGAGGUCGUGGAGCGGGUUCGGCGCCGUGUCGGGGUCGGUGUCCGGGAGGAUUCAAUACCGGUAUCCGGACGACGGGUUGCGGGGACGAACUGCCGCAACGACGACCCACGGGAGCGGGAGACGGCAGAGGAGAUUCCGGUGGAGACGGCAGAGGAGAUUCCGGUGGAGACGGCAGUCACGAAAAAGAGAGAGAUCACGGAGGCUACAGUCACGCCGGCGCAGGUGCUAAUCCGGUGGUCUCUGCAACGCGGAUAUGUGCCGCUUCCCAAGAGUGCGGACGCAGAGAGAAUCAGGGAGAAUGGGGACGUGUUUUGGUUCAAGCUUGAUGAUGUCGAGAUGGGCAUGUUGGACGGAUUGGAUCUGGGGGCUGCGGGGGCGCUGUUUCCUAAGAAUUCUGCAGCCACGGGGCUAUAG